GUGCGGCGGCGGCGGCGAGUCCAGUCGCGCGCGCGGAGCCGACGGAGCCGGGCACGUGCGUGAUCUAGGAGUCGGGAGGAUGGCCGUCGCCGGGAGGCUGGCGCUCAGCCUGCUGCUGCUGGUGGUUAGAGACUCGGCCGGUCUGCAUCUGACCCGGGUAAGUAUCCCCUCCCCGGUUCAGGCCGGCACGCGCACCAUGCUCUCCUGCUUCUUCAAACUCAACUGGGGCGAGACCGUCUACACCGUCAACUGGUACAGAAACGGCCACGAGUUCUACCGCUUCUCGCCCGGCGAAAACCCCUCCAUCCAGACCUUCAGCCAGCCCGGAAUCUUCGUGGAUACGUUUGCCAGUAACAUCACCACGGUGGUUCUGCGCUCUGUGCCGCUCAACUCGGCCGGUCGCUACCGCUGUGAGAUCGCCAUCGAGGCACCCAGUUACUUCACCGUGCAGGGACACGGUGAUAUGGCCGUUAUAGAUUUGCCGUCGGAGGGACCGCGGAUUGAUGGCGCACAAGACAUGUACGGCAUUGGCGAGCCGGUGCUGAUUAAUUGUACAUCGGCGCCAAGUCGACCGGCAGCUUCACUCACCUGGUAUAUCAACGGAGAGCAGGCCGACCCGAGCCUGGUGAGCGACUACCCGAUCCGACGGCACAGGAACGGUCUGGAGACGUCCAAGAUCGGGCUCAAGUUCCGCCUGCGUCACGGCCACCUCCGCCAGGGCGGCAUCAAGGUCAAGUGCGCCGCAGAAAUAUCGGCUCUCUACUGGAAAACCCACGAGCGAGAGAUGUGGGGAAGAACGGCCGAGCCAAUGGGAGCCGGGCCCUUCUCCAAUGGCGCUGCUCGCGACCCUCUGCCGCUUCUGCUACCGCUGCUGCUGCUCUCGGUGCUGGCCAUCCGGCACGCGGCGUGACUGGUUCACCUUAGCGAGUGACCGCAUCACGUGACUGCCACGCCGUGCGUUACUGCAGCGACCGGCCGAGUCACGUGAUUGACGGAGGUCGUCGGUGGAUCGGCCGAGGGUUGAGCGGGGUAGGGACCACGUCAGUGAUUUUAGUACAAACGGCUGUGACGGUGUGACAGAAAUGUGCCACCGCCGCCGCUGGUGGAGGGAGGGGCACCACGAGGUCAGCGUCGGGCAAGGUGGCCGCUCACGAGACUGAGGGUAGGAACGCUUGGUGUGAAGAGAUAACUAUUGUCUGACGAUAGAACGUCGGUGGACUUAUGACUGUUCGGUGUCGGGAUAUCUUCAGUGAAGAUGCCACCCAGUCGUGGAAAAAAGAUCUGUUGAGGGCCGCUGCAGAAUCGUCUAGAUAUUCACCUCCGUAAAGGACAUCUAUGAAGAUAAAUCUUCGAAGACGGUUCCUCAGAAGACCUUAAGAUCUUCGACUGGUUGAGUGGCGAAUUGAGUUUGCAGCUGGUAGGCGACAGAGUGUUGAACGACGAGUGUUACAGGUAUAAUCGUGACCCGCUCCUGAUAGUGCUCUGCGCGAGUGGCGAGACUCUGUCCGCAGACUUCCUCUGUGAGAUAACGCCGACUUCCUCUAUGAGAUAGCGCGUUGUCCCUGGCGUGGGGGAAGCGCCCUCCGCAGCGUCAGAGUUGGUGUCAACCCUUGCCCCAGCUCCACUUCGCGUGGGCUGAUGUAAUAUCUCCCGUAUAUCCUGUUCCCUGCGAACCGUAAUCCCCUUUGGAGCUCCCUGUGGCUAAUGUGCGGAGGCGUGUGCAUCUGCGUUGUGCUGCGGGUCGUGAAGUUCCCAUCCCGGGGAGACGGCGCCCCCACUCCUGUUCAGAAGUCAGAUGAAAGUCUGCCGCUGCUCCAUCUCCUCGGAUCCCGGCUCUGCUGCCGUGCUGUUGGGUUCAUGUGAGCGUCUGUUGGCGUCUACGGUCACGGGUAGUGACUUGGACGUCUGGCCCGUCACUGGGUAUACGGUUAGAGGACGCGGGACUUGCGCGCUCAGAUGUGAAAAUCCCUUGGCAGCGGCAACCUAUACUGUCUCGAAAGAUCUGUAGCUGUAUGACGUUCGUGACUGCUCUCGUGUACCGCGUGUGCUACCGGCGCGCAUCAUAAGCUGCGUCAUCUCUGUUGUCGCGCAUUGCCGACCGCCGGGUGUAAUCACCGCGUCGGCUCGCGGCCGGCGCUCGCGCGUCCUGUGCCAUGUUCCUCCGCGUGCCGUCGGUGACGACGCCCCGCCUCCGUCGGCGGCGACAACAUGACCGAUGGGACGACGAGCGGCCCGCGGGGAGCCAGCCGUCAUCUCAGCUGUAUGAGUAUAUAUAAGUACCAACACUCA